AUGCGAGCACCGUUUCCUCUGUCCUUACGCAUUGGCACCGACAUUGUAGCCACAAGUCGAAUCUUAUCCCCCUUGCAACCGGAUUACAAGCGACUCUCUAGACUAGCUGCCCGCUUUCUGCACCCUAGAGAGCUCGAUGAUCUGAAUCACCGGUUUCCCAACUGGAAGGACGCACAAUCACACGAUGGGCUAAAGAGACAACAGCUUGCCGCGUGGCUUGCCGGUCGCUGGGCUGCCAAAGAAGCGGCCAAAAAAGCCUGGGAUGCCACACUGCUUGGAUUCCGGGAUCUGAGGGUCGAGCCCGAAACCGGAGGGAGGGUGCAAGUCAUCUGCGACACCCGUCUUGCGCGCGACCCUCCACCAAUCAAUCGAAUCACUGAGCAGGCAGCACAGUUGAGCAUCAGUCACGACGGUGAUUAUACCAUCGCAAUGGUAAUGGCGACACCUCUUCAUCCCGACAUUUCGGCCGAUCUCGCUUUUAGGAAGUCCGCAGCCGAGGCGAGAUUGGUAGAUAAGCAGGCUUGA